AUGGAGUCAGGCUAUAUACUCAGUCUUACUCUCUUUGCAUUGACGGAGUGGUUCUUGUAUUGUUUUUCAAAGAAAGAGUCUCGUGCAAUACCUCUUUGUCUUACCAUCGAGAAUCUGAUAUUUGUCGUGUUGGACUUAGUCUCCACUCAAGUCACCAACGUCGCAAGUUUUAUCGGAACGACCUUCUUAAUCUUUGAACUAAUUAGUAUAGGAACAUGUUUUAUUCUUGCUCAACGUCGAAUCGCUCCAAACCAGAAAUCACCAAUUUCGUUACUCUUUGGGUUAGUCGGUGUGUUUCAAAUACAAUGCGUCAAUGUUGUGUUCAUCACACUCAACGCAAUGUUGUUCUUAGGAACCUAUAUGGUUAAUAACCAGACGUUAGAGUUGGUUCAUAUCAUAGUUAAUUAUUCGUUCACAAUUUUCUUCGUCUCUUUUGUGAAGUAUUUCAGUGGUGAUUCCUUUGAUAAUGAUGUCAAGCUUGCUGCACUUGGAAAUGGAAGGUAA